GCCAAUCAGAACAGAGAUUAGAGAAGGAGCUCCUGCAGCGGCGUGAACUCUGAACGCGAGCUCGGGUGUCUGAGGCACAGCAGUGAAUGCCGGCUGAAGAGACGGUGAAUGAGACUGGACAGGAGCUAAAAAUCUUCAUCACCGUUAAGAAGUCACAUGAAUUUGUUUAGACCUUUGGAUCAGUUUCUGAAAGUUUCUCCAGGAGAAAACGGAUUUUGUCCAGUGCUAUAAGAACUUGUUUGGCUCACAACCGCAAUCAUGGGAGCAGCAGAUUAUGGAUAUUACCGCAUUGUUAUAUUUAUCUCAAUGUUUGUGGGCUACAUGCUAUAUUACUUCAACCGAAAGACGUUCUCCUUCCUAAUGCCGUCAGUGAUGGAGGAGAUUGAUCUGGAUAAAGAAGAUCUGGGCCUGAUCACCAGCAGUCAGACUCUGGCCUACGCCAUCAGUAAGUUCAUCAGCGGAGUGCUUUCUGACCGGAUCAGCGCUCGCUGGCUCUUCGCCAUCGGCCUCUUCAUCGUGGGCACCAUAAACAUCGCCUUUUCCUGGUCCUCCACGGUCAUGAUGUUCACCGUGCUUUGGUUCGUGAACGGGUUCGGUCAGGGCUUCGGCUGGCCGCCGUGUGGAAAGGUGCUUCGGAAGUGGUUUGAGCCGUCUCAGUUCGGCACGUGGUGGGCCGUCCUGUGCUGCAGUAUGAACCUGGCGGGAAGUCUGGGCCCCAUCAUCACCACAGUGCUGGUUCAGUACUAUAACUGGAGGAUCAUCAUGUCCGUGUCUGGGGUGAUCUGCAUGGCCGUCGCUGUCGUUUGCCUUCUGACGGUGAAGAACGAGCCCAGUGAUGUGGGGCUGCCCAACAUCGAGGCUGGAGCCAAAAAGGGCAAAGGGAAGAAGGGAGGCCCUAAUGAGGACAGCAGUCUGAAAGAGUUCCUGCUGUCUCCGUACCUGUGGGUGCUGUCUGCGGGAUACCUGGUUGUGUUCGGGGUCAAGAUCGCUUGUACUGACUGGGGUCAGCUCUUCCUCAUGCAGGAAAAAGGCCAGUCUGCCAUGAUGGGAAGCUCAUACAUGAGCGCGCUGGAGGUCGGAGGGUUUUUCGGCAGCAUUGGAGCUGGUUAUCUGUCAGACAGGGCUGUUGCUCGGCAAGGGCUGGGUGUCUAUGGGAAUCCUCGGCAUGGGCUUCUCCUGAUGAUGAUGGCAGGCAUGGCUGUGUCCAUGUACCUUUUCCGGGUUACCAUCACACCAGAGACCCCAGAAGGAAGCCCGCUGUGGGUUUUGGCUCUCCAUCCACUUUCAGUCCUCACUGGAGUCUCGGAGAAAGAGCUUUGGAUUUUGAUUCUUGGUGCUGCGUUUGGAUUUUCCUCAUAUGGUCCGAUUGCCUUGUUCGGGGUGAUUGCGAGUGAGAGCGCCCCCUCCAAUUUCUGUGGGACAUCGCAUGCUAUUGUAGCUCUGAUGGCAAAUGUUGGUGCAUUCGUUGCUGGCCUGCCUUUCAGCACCAUUGCUAAGCGCUACAGCUGGGACACAGCAUUUUGGGUAGCAGAAGUGUCCUGUGCUAUAACAACUGUUUGUUUCUUCUUUGUGCGUAACAUGCGCACAAAAAUGGGCCACGUGCCUAAAAAGAUGGACUAAUCCUCUCAUUAAAAUGAUCCAAUCAGAGAGCCCUGCAAAUGUGAGCGCACUCGAUUGGGCGAUAUGGGCCUGGUUUCACAGACAGGGCUUAGAUUAGGCAUUUAAAGGUGCAUUUAUUGACACUAACACACAUUUCAAAGGAAAAUAACUGGCUGAAGAAGGGUUUUUCAGAGAAAUGAGUAUGUGAACUCAGCAUGUUUCCUAAAUAUCUGCAAACAUAUAAUAUUUUUAUGCUUUAGUACCGUCAAAAACUCACAUACAGCACUUUUAAGUAUAUUUUAGAAACGUGCCUUCGAAAAAAGAGACAAAACAAUAGCACUGACAUAUUUUUAAAAUACGCCAGUGCAAGUUAAAACAGUUUAAAGAUGCGUUUUAGUCUGGGACUCGGCUUAAGGCUUGUCUGUGAAACCGGGGGCUGGUCUUAAAGUUCGUUUACACAAAAAUGAAAGUUCUUUCAUCAUUUACUCACCCUCGUGUUAUAAAUGAAGCACAAUUGAAGAGAUUGUAAAAUAAAUCCAUGUGAUUCAAACGAUGUUAUCCAUGUCUUGUAAAGAGACACGAUGUCUUAAUAUGUUGACAGAUUUAAUUUAGGUUUUUAUUCACAUAAACAUUCAUCAGAGAACAUAUAUUUUUGAUGGAGGGACAGAAAUCUAUUAGAUUUUAUUAAAAAUAUCUUACAUUUUCCGAAGAUGAACGAAAGUCUUAUAGGUUUGAAAUUACAGUAAUUGAUGACAGAAUUUUCAUUUUUGGGUGAACUGUCCCUUUAAGGAACUGUUUUAAUGCAGUGUUACUGUUGCACUUUUAAAAAUGUAUAUUUUUAAAUUGCAUUUAGAUAACCUUCAGUAUCACAUCUUUUUUUUUUCAUGAGCUUAUUCAGCAGCAAUAUCACAAGAUUCACACACACACUUUAGAGAUGAAGUGGCUCCACUGUACAUCUUUUGUAUUACUGUGAGGAUAGAAAUGUUUACAGAUUUAAGUAUAUAAAGUUGUUUACUUUCUUAGUAUGUAUCAACACGAAUUCAUGUUUCACAUGAAUGUUGUUUGACUUGUACUUUCUUUGUAUGCUUGUUCAACUGUGGGUAACAGCUUCAUCUCUCUCCAGUGUACACACAUUUUAAAUAGACACACAUUGUUCUUUUGCACUUAAACAUUUGUUCUUUGCACAUAACCUCCAGUAUUAAAGCAAUUAUUUUAUUUUUGAAACACAGGUCAGACAAUGAAUCUGAAACACUGGUCGGUAUAGUGGUUUUAGCCUGAUGGCCAAUCUUCAGCAGAAAGUGUGGUUGAAUUAGCAGAGCAAUAGCAAUUCUUACUAAUUUCAUGCAACCAGCAGGAUCUUUUAUCAUGAAUAAAGAAGUAAAAAUGUAGAAUGUUUAUGGUACAAUUUUUGCUUAUAUGUCAACAGGAUCAUUUUAAACACGACUUUUUCAUUUUGUA